GCUGUGGCCUCUAAGUUGGAUCUGCCAGAUGACCUGGUCGGCUACUUCAGCCUCUUCCUAGUGAGAGAGACCAAGGACGGAGCUUUCUCCUUUGUGCGGAAGCUGCAGGAGUUUGAGCUGCCUUAUGUGUCCGUCACCAGCCUGCACAACCCCGAGUUCAGGAUCAUCCUGCGCAAGAGCUACUGGGACUCCUCCUAUGACGACGAUGUAAUGGAGCAUCGUGUGGGAUUGAACUUGCUGUAUGCACAGACGGUGUCGGACAUCGAGCAUGGAUGGAUCCUUGUCAACAAGGAACAGCACCGGCAGCUGAAGUCCCUUCAGGAAAAAGUCUCCAAGAAGGAGUUCAUCCGCCUGGCGCAGACCCUGAAGUACUACGGCUAUCUCAAGUUUGACCCCUGCAUCACUGACUUCCCUGAGAAGGGAUGCCACGUCGUCGUCAGUGCUGGCAACAACGAGCUCAACUUCCAGGUGCGGCUGCCGAGCGAGCAGAUCAAGGAAGGCAGCUUCAAGGUCACACGCAUGCGGUGCUGGCGGGUCACGUCCUCGGUGCCGAUGAGCAAUGGUCCCUCGGGGCGCAGCCCGGGCAAGUCCGAGGGGAAGCUGGAGGUGGACCGGCUGCAGUGGGUCACCAUCACCAGUCCACAGGCCAUCAUGCUGAGCAUCUGCCUGCAGUCCAUGGUGGACGAGCUGAUGGUGAAAAAGUCUGGAGGCAGCAUCCGCAAGAUGUUUCGCCGGCGGGUGAACGGGGCCCUGCGGCGCUCGGACAGCCAGCAAGCUGUGAAAUCACCCCCGCUGCUGGUGAGUGGGACCCUGCAGCCCUUGUAGGGGAGACAAAGCAAGCUCACCUCUGUCAGCCUGCGAGGGAUGAGCCACUCCAGCUCUGCUAACGAUGUGGGCGCUAACGACUUCCAUGGCAAUUAUGCCUUUGAGGGCAUUGGCGAUGAAGAUCUGUAG